UUGAAUUAUUUCGGCCGCAGUGGGACGGUACUAAAAUUAAAAUUUAGUUUGUCUUUUAUACAAUAAAUAACAUUUUAGAGCAGUUAAAACAUUUUUAUUUUCUUUUAUAAGGAUUACAUAAAAAAUACAUAAUGUCGACACUAAUUGAAGACGAACAAAUGAACAAUCAGCGACUUUUGCCACGGAUAGCCUUAAUAGCUUGUGGCUCCUUCAGUCCGCCGACUCCAAUGCAUUUUCGCAUGUUCGAAAUUGCGCGUGAUUAUUUCACUACCCAACGUACACAUCUUGUGGUUGGCGGCAUCGUAUCUCCCACUCAUGAUUCAUAUCAGAAAAAAGGACUUGUUGCGGGCACACAUCGAUUUGCUAUGCUGAAGUUGGCGUUACAAUCAUCAACAUGGAUAAGGGCAUCAAACUGGGAAAUUGAACAAUCGGAGUGGUCGCGCACGCUCUCCGUUUUGCAGUAUCAUCAAAACUAUAUGAAUAACUAUGUCAACUCACCGCCAGAUAAUGAGAUUAAUGGUGCGUUACCUGGUUGGUUGCCGCCGAGUUUACGUGAGCGGCAGGACGGUGUGCAACUGAAACUGUUGUGCGGUGCCGACUUGUUGGAAUCGUUUGCAGUGCCAGGCCUGUGGGCAGAUAAAGAUAUCGAAGACAUUGUGGGCAAUCAUGGUCUUGUGGUGAUCACACGCUAUGGCGCUAAUCCCGAAAAAUUCAUUUUCGAAUCAGAUUUGUUGACCAAAUACCAAAAAAAUAUUACAUUGAUCACGAAUUGGGUGCCGAACGAAGUCAGUUCUACAAUGAUACGUCGUCUUAUAUCACGCGGACAGUCUGUAAAAUAUUUGCUCGAUGAUAGGAUUAUCGAUUACAUUCAAAUGCAAGGGCUAUUCAACUGUAAAACUAAGUAUAUGAUUGGACAAAUUCGUUUACCAACAUUCCCACUAAAAUAUAAUAACUUAUAUUUAAAUCGAGUUAAUACUAACCCCAGCUCAUCCGUCAAUAAUUCGCCGUCUGAUGAGGAAGACGAUGAAGACGACAAGACGGAAAGGGCUGAACAUAUGGAUGAGAGCGAUUAUUCCAUUAAAAAUAUUUUGAAUAGUUUCAAUAUAGAUAAUCGUAAGCCGCCAAGUUUGAAUGUCUUUUGUUGCGGCGACAGUGAGGCCAACGCAGCAGCAAAGAAGUUAUUACCGAGUCGCAAUGGGCCAGGGCAAGUAGUGCAAGUGAUAACGACUGAAUCGGGUACCAAAAUAUCAACGGAGGUGGUGGACCAUACAAGUGGCGGAAAUGACGAGUCUGUUGCUAAAAAGAAAAAAACAGCUCCGGUGAAUGUUUAAACUCGGCGAUAGAAAGUCGUCCUUGACCCUAGGAAAAUUCGUAGAAAUGGUGAUGCUAUCCAACAAAGGCUGUAACGAGUAUAUUUUGGACUUUGAGUACUUUCUGGAAAUUAAUUCAAUACUUAAGAAAAACUUAUUGUAGUAAAGUAAUUUGGACUUGCUUACGCUUAUCUGAAAUCAAUUUUCCGUUAUUAGUGUGCGCUGCGAUUGUUUUUAAAUUGUAAACCCUGCAAAAAUGCUUAUUUGCUUAAUUCUGUGUAUGUAUGUAUAUUAAAAUGUUAUAAGAGCUAUUUAAUGCAUAAGUUAUGUAUGUAUGUAUAUAAAGCAAUGCGCAUAAACAGUUUGUAAGCUAUUUUCCUUUUUAUUGCAAAUCUCUUUAAGCAUAAACUAGUUUAUUUGCAAAAGCGCACGUACACCAGGUGCAAUAUUCCGAAUUUAUUUCUUGCUAAACUGACAUUCUGCGAUACAAACAUAAAUAAUAAAUAUAAGCACAUACAAAAUGUAAAAUAAAAUAUUUUGGCAUUGGCAAAUAAAUAAAAAAAUAAUAAUAAUAA